AGUAUCCUUAUGUCCUCUGCACAAAAGGUCUAAACACUUCUUGUGGUGGAAACUCUCUUCUUGAACUUAUUUGCACAAGGGACAUCAUCCUCUGUUCUUGCCGAACCUAGCAAAGGGCUUAUCCAUUUUGAUCGGUCUUUUUGGCUAUUAAAUAUGUAUCUAGUGGAGAGCAAAGCAGGUGCCAUAACAUGUAUGGUGUUAGCCUUACUAUCUCUAGGGACUUGGCCAGCAAUUCUAACACUUUUAGAGAGACGUGGUCGUCUUCCUCAACACACUUAUCUUGAUUACUCCAUCACUAAUUUGUUGGCUGCUAUUAUCAUAGCUUUCACUUUUGGUCAAAUCGGGUCUACAAAACCUGAUAGCCCGAAUUUCAUCACUCAGCUUGCUCAAGAUAACUGGCCAUCUGUUAUGUUUGCGAUGGCGGGUGGGAUCGUGCUUAGCCUCGGGAAUCUAGCAACUCAAUAUGCUUGGGCUUUAGUUGGCCUAUCAGUUACAGAAGUCACUACUUCAAGCAUCGCCGUAGUCAUAGGCUCAACUUUGAACUACUUCUUGGAUGAUAGGAUCAAUAAAGCCGAAAUCCUUUUCCCUGGUGUGGCCUGUUUCUUGAUCGCUGUUUUUCUUGGUUCAGCAGUUCAUAGAUCCAAUGCAAGUGAUAACAAGGCCAAGCUAAGAGACUUUGAAAUGACUAAUCAAGAACCUUCAGGUCUAUCUACUGAUAUAGAGACAACAAACUCAUCAAAAGACCUGGAGACUAAUGUUACUAAAACAACAUCGGAGAAACCUAAAGAAGGGACAGCAAGGUUUCUUAUGGAACUUGAGAACAAAAGAGCCAUAAAGGUGUUCGGGAAACGCAAGAUAAUCGGGCUAGCGAUUACUUUCUUCGCAGGUCUUUGUUUCUCCCUCUUCUCGCCAGCAUUUAACUUAGCCACAAAUGAUCAAUGGCACAGACUGAAACAAGGAGUUCCAAAGCUAGUCGUUUACACCGCAUUCUUCUACUUCUCUGUUUCUUGCUUUAUCAUUGCUAUGAUCCUAAACAUUGGGUUCCUAUAUUACCCUGUUCUUGGUCUUCCAAAAUCUUCUUUUAAAGCUUACUUAAGUGACUGGAAUGGCCGUUAUUGGGCCUUCUUGGCGGGUUUUCUUUGCGGUUUUGGAAACGGUCUUCAGUUUAUGGGCGGUCAAGCCGCUGGCUAUGCGGCUGCUGAUUCCGUUCAGGCGCUUCCUCUUGUGAGUACAUUUUGGGGAGUGGUAUUGUUUGGAGAAUACAGAAGAUCGUCGCCAAAAACUUAUCUACUUCUCUUCGGUAUGUUGUUUAUGUUUAUUUCAGCUGUUGCAGUUCUCAUGGCUUCUUCUGGACAUAGAAAGUAAAAAUUCAUAUAGCUACAAAAAUAUGAGUACACUAGUUUGUCUAUUUUCAGUAUAUGUAUAUAGUUUAGAUAG